CCAGAAUUGACCAAGCCCUUGUCCACCCAGUCUCCUGCCGCCCCCAGCUCUGCUUCCCCCAGCCCUGGACCCACCCCCUCGGCAUCCUCCUCCCCUGCCACCGCGGCUGCAGGCGGCGCCCCCCCUCAGGGCGGGAACAAUGCGAAGCGGCCGGCGGUGGCCAACGGACAGCCCCCCGCAGCAGGCACCCAGGCCCCCCAGCGCUACAUGCCCCGCGAAGUGCCCCCGCGAUUCCGCUGCCAGCAAGACCACAAAGUGCUACUGAAGAGGGGCCAGCCGCCGCUGUCCUCCAUGCUACUGGGGGGAGGCACUGGGGCAGGAGGGGGAGACGGCCCUAAUCCAACCAUGGCUGCUGCCUCAGGUGGGUGUCUGGCAGGAGUUGAAAUGGAGCAUCAUGCAAAGUUAGGCUCUGUUUGAAUACUUUAGAAGUGCAUCCCACUUUCCCUUCUUUGUCUUGGUAGAAUGUUUUGGGGAAAACAAUCUGUUUUUUCUGUGUCCAAGUCUGUAAAGAUUGGGCGGCAGUCAAUGUGUGUGUCUACUUUAACCUUCCAUUUAGGCAUUAAUCAUGUGUCUUUAUGUUGUUUCCCGUCCAGAUUCCAGUCCAGGCUAUGUGGGUCCAGCUGCACCCUCACUGCCCCUCACCUCAUCAUCCUCCUCAUCGUCAAUCGCUGCUUCUUCUUCUUCUUCAAAUUAUGCAAAUUCCACGUGGGGGGCGGGCUCUGGCAGCCUGCCCUCCUCUCAGGGCAGGGAGAAGGUCAUCGUGGACGGCUCGGACCUGGAGGAGUGGCCUAGCAUCGCCACUGGCGACGGGAGCGGAGCAGUGGGAGGUGGAGCUUCAGGGCCAGGAAGCGGUAGUGAGUCGUCGGGGGAGGGCGGUGGUGGAAUGCAGAACAGCUGUGCCUCAUGGAAAGGUGGCGAUCCUGGCAGUCCUUCACCCACUUCCUCUUUCUCAAUGUCCAAUGAAUGUAUGCUGUCCGGCAGUGUGGUGUGGGGGUCUGCUGCCUCACAAUGUCCUGUAGGAGUGAAUGCAGCCCCAGGGGUGUCAUUGCCCACCAUUCCCAAAUCCUCCCCUCUCCCAGUGGGCCCUGAUGGCUCCCUUGGUGGCAGUGCGGGGAUCCCUGGUGCCAACUUCAACCCAAAUGCCAAUCCUUCCGCCUGGCCUGCCCUAGUGCAGCAGGAUGGAGCUGGGGCAGCUUCCUCUGAGGGUGCCCCCCCCUCUUCCCUCCAGAGCCAGGCUGGGUCUCUGUCUGCCAACAACCCUCCCCCAGCCCUGGGGAACCCACCUCUAGCUGUGAAUCAAUCCGCUCAUCAGCACCAACUUCACCAAAUGCAAUCCAGAGACAGAGAGCACCCAACGGACGGGGGGUGGGGCGGAGCGGCGCUGGAGUCCGGAGCGGGACCAAAAAAUGCGGGGACAGGGGAGGGAGCCGAUAUAGACUGUGGGGUAGGAGGCAACGGGGGAGACAACCUCUCUGCUUCCCAAACCUCUUCCUCCUCAUGGAGAGGCCAGCCUUUCCCCGCUGCUAACUCCAAAACGGGUGCCUCAAGGACUGAUGGUUGGGAAGGGGGAACUGCUGAGGGUGGUGGAGGCUCGCGGUGGGGGUACAGCGCUCAGGGGGGUAAUGGAGGGAAAGCCUGGGGUGCUGGAAGUGGGGGUAACACUCAGACCCCCGGGGUAUCUCAGGGAGGGUGGGGAGGAGGAGGAGAGCAAGGCUCUUCAGUUGGAGACUGGGGAGGUAAUUCAGGUGGGAUGGGUGGAGGUGGAAAUCCAGGAGGGGAGGCUGGUGGUGUCGGCGGCCGUAGCAGUAGCAGCAGCAGCAGUGGGGGCAGCAUCGGCAACCCCCCUGCUGCCUCUUCCUCUCCCAAAUCAUCCACCACUACGACAAGAGCUUGGGACAAUCAGAAGGGAGUUGGAGGGGGGGACGGAGGGGCAGGGGGGGACACAGGGGAGUGGGGGGGAGGCCAGGGCGGAAGAGGAGGUAAUGCUUCAUCCAGCGGUGGGGGAAACUCCAGAGGUGGAGGCGGCGGCAAUCACAAUCAACACCACGGGUACGGCCACCACCGGUAUUCCCAUCCCCCACCACCCAACCCUGAAGUGGCCUUACAGGCAAUGCUCAGCCGCAAUGACCUGGACCCGCGCGUCCUCUCCAACACGGGCUGGGGCCAGACCCAGAUCAGACAGAACGUGGCCUGGGACCUAGAACCAGGAAAAGGAGGUUCUGGGUCGAUUGCUUCAUCCAAAAACUCUUCACCUCCCAUUGGUCCGUCUUCUCAAUACUCCACUGGCUCUGCUUCAACUACUGAUUCUCCUUCCCUUCUCCCUGGCUCAGUUCCCAACCUGAACUCCAACCCUUCCCUGGGGACCUCUGGUAGCUCUGGGGAGGGCUGGGAGAGUGGUGGUAACAGCAGCAACAGUUGCAGCAACUCCCUACCCAACCGAGGACCACCUCACCCGGGAUCCAACAUGAGGAAUCCUUCUGGUGUCACACAAUCGGGGUCAAUGACCACUGGAGCAGGUAUGGGAGGAGGAGGAGGAGGCCUUGGACCAGGCCAGGGGAAGCCUACAGGAUGCUGGGGUGGGGUAGGACCAGGGGAGAGCCAAGUAAAAGGAUGGGGGAACGAAGGGUCAGAGUGGGGUGGAGGAAGGGAACGCAGUAGAGGUGGUGGAGGAGGAGGGUGGGCCGAUAAUGGACAACAGGGUAACCAAGGUGGAGGUGGCUGGGGAGGCAGCCAGGAGGAGAAAGGGACAGGAGGAGGAUGGAAGGAGAUGGGGAGGGAUGGAGGAGGGUGUGGUGGACAGAGGGAGAGGGGUGGGGGGGACUGGGGAGAGCGAGAGGCCAAAUCAAGCAGUGGAGGAUGGGGAGAGGAUAGGAAAGGAGGUGGGGGAGACUCAGAAAUCGGUACGUGGGGUAGCUGGGACGAGGGAGCCCCGAGGAGAGCCUGGGGGACAGGAGGUACGGGUGGAGGAGGGGCAGGUGUGGACAUGGGGGGCUCCAAACCCCACCAGGGACGUUGGGGGGGUGGGAAAAUGCACCCGUCACAGAUGCCAAACAGCCAGACGGCCUCUCUGAAAGGCCCCAUGGCACAAAAGCAGCAGCAACAAUCACAGCAGCCGCUACCGCAGCAAGCGCUGGACCCAGGGGACAUACAAGGAGGAGGGGGCUGGGGGAGACCAUCGGGCCCCCAGGCCCAGAACCAAAGCAGCUCCGGCUGGACGGCCGGACCCAUCCCCAGCGGUCCUAAGGGAGGAGAGGGGCCGGAGUCCAGCGGGUGGGAGGAACCUUCACCACAAUUCAUUAGCAGGAAGAUGGACAUUGACGAUGGGACGUCGGCUUGGGGAGACCCCAGCCAGUUUAAUAACAAGGCUGUCAACCUGUGGGAGAAGAACGGCGCUCCAGCUGGUCAGCAGCUGCCAAUGCACGGCCAAGGACCAGGACCACCGCCCCAACAGCAGCAGCAGCAGGGGCCUCCAGCUCUACAGCAGCAGCCUGGGCCUGGGAGGCAGCCCACUGGGAUGGGAGGCAGGGACAUCAACCCUAGCCAUGGACCUGGACCUGGGAAAGCUCCAGGGAUGGGUAAGAGACUAGCUGUUAGGCUAAUGUGCUAUACUUUAUGAUGCUGGGCUGUUCGCAUUGAUUUUUGAAUAUAAGAUUAGGCCUAUUACCUAUCUUAUAGACAUGUGGAGUGGAAGGAAGGAUUUGAUGUUAAAGACAUAAUGGAUAAGCCUUGUAGAAAUCAAUCUUUUCCCAGAAACCUAUAGAGCACAGUACAUAAAUCAAACAAACCACUAUCACUGAUGGAUACAUCCCUAUGCCUGCCUGUGUGUGUAGCUCCAUCGUCUGGCUGGGAUGGUGGCUCUCCCUCAGACCCCCCGGUGGACAACGGCACCGCAGCCUGGGGGAAGCCCACUGAGACCCCCACCGGCUGGGGAGACCCUGGGGAGGACCCUGGGAAGAACACCUCUGGCUGGGGAAACCCCUCACCCAAUCCCAUCAAAUCUGGUAAGGGAACUAACUACUGUAACGCCUCAAAAAGACCUGACGAUGUCUGACUAGGAACAGUGCAUUCAGAGAGUAUUCAGACCCCUUGACUAUUCCCACAUUUUGUUACGUUACGGCCUUCUUCUGAAAUGGAUUAAAUAGUUUUUCCCCCUCAUCAAUCUACACACAAUACCCCAUAAUGACAAAGCAAAAACAGGGUUGUAGACAUUUUUGCAAAUGAAUAACAAAAAAAAACGGAAAUAUCACAUUUACAUAAGUAUUCAGACCCUUUACUCAGUACUUUGUUGAAGCAUCUUUGGCAGCGACUACAGCCUCGAGACUUCUUGGGUAUGACGCUACAAGCUUGGCACACCUGUAUUUGGGUAGUUUCUCCCAUUCUCCUCUGCAGAUCCUCCCAAGCUCUGUCAGGUUGGAUGGGAGCGUUGCUGCACCGCUAUUUUCAGGUCUCCAGAGAUGUUAGAUCGGGUUCAAGUCCGGGCUCUGGCUGGGCCACUCAAGGACAUUCAGAGACUUGUCCCGAAGCCACUCCUGCGUUGUCUUGGCUGUGUGCUCAGGGUUGUUGUCCUGUUGGAAGGUGAACCUUUGCCCCAGUCUGAGGUCUUGAUUGCUCUGGAGCAGGUUUUCAUCAAGGUUCUCUCUGUACUUUGCUCCGUUCAUCUUUCCCUCGAUCCUGACUAGUCUCCCAGUCCCUGCCCCUGAAAACAUCCCCACAGCAUGAUGCUGCCACCACCAUGCUUCACCAUAGGGAUGGUGCCAGGUUUGCUCCAGACUUGACACUUGGCAUUCAGGCCAAAGAGUUCAAUCUUGGUUUCAUAAGACCAGAUAAUCUUGUUUCUCAUGGUCUGCAUCCUUUAGGUGCCUUUUGGCAAACUCCAAGUGGGCUGUCAUGUGCCUUUUUACUGAGGAGUGGCUUCCGUCUGGCCACUCUACCAUAAAGGCCUGAUUGGUGGAGUGCUGCAGAGAUGGUUGUCCUUCUGGAAGAUUCUCCCAUCUCCACAGAGGUACUCUGGAGCGCUGUCAAAGUGACCAUCGGGUUCUUGAUCACCUCCCUGACCAAGGCCCUUCUCCCCCGAUCGCUCAGUUUGGCCGGGCAGCCAGCUCUAGGAAGAGUCUUGGUGGUUCCAAACUUCUUCCAUUUAAGAGUGAUUGAGGUCAAUUUUGUUGGUACCCUUCCCUAGAUCUGUGCCUUGUCACAAUCCUGUCUCGGAGCUCUACGGACAAUUCCUUCGACCUCAUGGCUUGGUUUUUGCUCUGACAUGCACUGACAACUGUGGGACCUUAGACAGGUGUGUGCCUUUCCAAAUCAUGUCCAAUCAAUUGAAUUUACCACAGGUGGACUCCAAUCAAGUUGUAGAAACAUCCCAAGGAUGAUCAAUGGAAACAGGAUGCACCUGAGCUCAAUUUUGAGUCUCAUAGCAAAGGGUCUGAAUACUUAUAUUUCUUUUAGGUUUAAUACAUUUGCAAAUAUUUCUAAAAACCUGUUUUCACUUUGUCAUUAUGGGGUAUUGUGUGUAGAUUGAGGAACAUUUUUUAUUUAAUCAAUUUUCGAAUAAGGCUUUACCGUAACAAUGUGGAAAAAGUCAAGGGGUCUGAAUACUUUCCGAAUGCACUGUAUAUGUGUAUGCAAAAAAUUUUUUUGUAUUCCGAGGAUUUCAUUUAGAAAAAGUCCAUGUUAUCACACAAACCUGCAGCCGCUAGCUUGUCAGUUGACGUUUGAAGUUAGUGCCGUUCUGACCACGGAGCAGUGACCGAGUUCUAGUGCGCAGCGACCACUUUUGACCAUGGCCGUAAUAAUAUUAUAUUCACUCUAAUCAUGCUAAAUCUUCAGAGUAAAUCUUCUGUAACUUUUGAACCAUAUAUGGUAGAGACAUAGAGUUUGUUUACAAAAUGUCUCCCAAAAAUCUGGACACAGUCAAAGAUUUGCAGUGUCAUUGUAACACAUAGCAUAUUAUUGGUGUAAUAAUGCUACUCAUUGUUAUUUCCCUAGCAGGUUCAAAGUCUAUGCAAGAAGGAGGCUGGGGUGAGGGAGACCAGGGAUCGGUGGCUGCCUCGCGUCACUCCAGCUGGGAGGAAGAGGAGGAGGAGGGAGGAGCAGGGGUGUGGAACAGCAUUGGGUCCCAGGGCAGCAGCUCUUCCUACAACAGUGGGGGCUGGGGCCAAGGUCACGGGGGCAAGAAGCCCAACAGCAAGGUAGGACAGCAUCCACAAUGGGUUUGGUUAUAUUUUGUAUGGUUGUUGCCUCAUUCAGAUACUUGAGAGGAGUUGGAUUGAGACCUUGGCUUCUUGUUUCAUAAUGGUUGUUCCAGAAAAAAACCUACUGCCAGAAAUGUUAUAUCUGUAUGUUUGUCUCUCAGGCUCCCCUGAAGAGUGGAGGAGGAGACUCCUGGAUGAACCCCAUGAACAAACAGUUCUCCAACAUGGGGCUCCUGGUAAGUUUCAGAGAAAAUACAAGGUUUAGAGCCCAUAGACAUCCACUGUGUGGGCACGCAUAGGUUGUGUUUGCGAUACUGUAUGUCGUGAGAAAUGUUUUGUAAAUAUUACAAUGAGGAUGCCAUGCCAAUAGUUAUGUUGGGGUUGGUUAUGAUGGUGGUAGUGAUGAAGAUAUGUGCUGUGUUUGCAGGGUGAUGAUCCUAGUGGGCGGCCUCUGGACUUGGCCCCUGGUCCUCCUCAGGAUAAGAAAAUGGAAGGAGAGAAGCGAGGGAUGGGCCUGAACGACUACAAUGGAGAGAUGCGUAAAGGAGGGCAGAGAGGUGUGGGAGGAGGAGGGAUGGUCUACCGUUCACCUGGUUCCAAAGAGAUGGGGCCUGGCGACCCUGGGCCUUACUAUGACAAGGUUGGUACCCCAGACAUCACAACGCUCUCUGGAUGUGUCCCAAAUGGCACCCUAUUCCCUUUAUAGUACACUACUUUUGGCCAAAACUAGUGCACUCUAAAGGGUAUAGGGUUCCAUUUCGGACGCAACUGCUGUGUGACUUUGAUUGUUCUCAAAGUAUCUCUUGUCUCGUUAACACUUUCAUCUAUGUCUCUUUCUUCCCUCCCCCACUUCUUUUGGUAUCCUUCUUCCUGUCCCCACCUUCUUUUGGUAUCCUUCUUCCUGACCCCACCUUCUUUUGGUGUCCUUCUUCCUGACCCCUCCUCCUUUUGAUAUUUUUCUUCCUGUCCCUUCCCUGUCUUGCCUACUUCUUCCCCCAAAUUGGGAAACUACUUCGAUUGGCUGUCACUGCGAUCAGCAGACCUUGCCUUUCACCAAUCAGGAUGGGUGCCUUGGGGAGGAGUACUCUCCGCCCACUGUCUACAAGCCCUCCCCCCUCUACAACCACACUAUCCCCCCUAGACAAGUAAGGCUGUGUCGCUCUGUCUCCAUCAGACCAUCAGCUCAUUGCUUCACUAUUUACCUGGUCCCAGAUCUGUUUCUGCUUUAGCCAACUCUAUUGUUGUUAUUCCAUAAGUACAUAAAGAUCUGUGACCAGGCUACUUCACCACAUCUCCCUGUAGAUAUAAACUUAUCUUACUGUCCAUCCCUCAAAUUGUAUUCUUAAAAAAUCAAUGAGUACAUAUCAUUAAUUUAAAAGUUAAAAAAAUGUAUGUAUCAAUCACAGAUUUUCCCUUUUAAACAUCAAGUAAAAAAUACCCCAAAAUCAGCUCCUCUGUGUCAAUGUCAUUUCCCACCCUAUCACCCUCAUCUUAAUGUCUGUUAAAGAGUCAGCCAUGUUUGUAACCCUCUCCCUCCCUCUAUCUGUUCCCUUGUCAGGGUGGUCAUAACGUGUUUGGCAGCAGCGGUGGUGGGAUGCCCCCGUCCAGACACCAGCCCGGUGUGCCACCCAUAAACCCGUCCGCAGGGAUACGAGCACAAGUGCCUCAUCAGUUCCUGUCACCUCAGGUACAGUUUUUUAUAUAUUUUUUAUACAUUUGAUCAGACUCUAGAAGUAAUCAGUUGUUUUAACGUUCACCUUUACAAGGCUUUUUUCAACAGACUUGCGGAUCAAUAUCCCUUAUGUAAAUCAGUCUCCUAUAUGCCCCAACCUCUGCUCAGAACAAUAGAUGUUUGGUCCGUUGGCUUCUUAGUAAGUUCUUUCUGUGAAACAUGUUGUUUCCAGAGAUGUGAUUUAUUUCACCAGCCUGCCUUGAUCAUCGGCUAAUGGAAGUGAUUAGGUGACCACACUCAAUGGAGGAAGAAACCCUCACCAAAUCGAUGAGUAGUGCACUCACUGAUUUGCUGUUUUCAGAAAGAAUGUGCUAGACAGAAGAUACUUUAUAUUCCACGUUCCCAUGGUAACACCGAUGGUCCGUGUUCCAGGUGCCAGGUUCCGUGCUGAAGCAGAUGCCGCCUCCCAGCACCAGCGUAGGUGGAGUCGGGGGUGGGGUGGGGGGUGUAGGAGGGGGCGUGUUCCCCCCUCAGCUGUCCCCCCAGCACAUCGCCAUGCUGAGCAGCAUCUACCCCCCGCACAUCCAGUUCCAGCUGGUGAGUAGCUAUACUCAUAUACAACUCUAGAAUGAGCACAGUAGUGGUCAGAGAACAAAGCCUUGAGGAACACCAAAACUUACCUUAGAUUUGUUCUGAUUAAAGCCAUGUUGGCUGAACCAUCAAUGUUUUUAUAUACCUAUAUAAAAGGUAUAUACAUAUUCGGAAAGUAUUCAGACACGUUCACUUUUUCCACAUUUUACGUUACAGCCUUAUUCUAAAAUAUAUAUUUUUUUUUCUCAUCAAUCUGCACACAAUACCCCAUAAUGACAAAGCAAAAACAGGUUUUUAGAUAUGUUUGCAAUUUUUUAUUUUAUUUUUUACAACAACUGAAAUAUCACAUUUAUGUAAGUAUUCAGACCCUUUACUCAGUACAUUGUUGAAGCACCUUUGGCAGCAAUUACAGCCUUGAGUCUUCUUGGAUAUGACGCUACAAGCUUGGCGCGCCUGUAUUUGGGGAGUUUCUCCCAUUCUUCUAUGCAGAUCCUCUCAAGCUCUGUCAGGUUGGAUGGGAGCGUUGCUGCACCGCUAUUUUCAGGUCUCUCCAGAGAUGUUAGAUCGGGGUCAAGUCCGGGCUUUGGCUGGGCCACUCAAGGACAUUCAGAGACUUGUCCCGAAGCCACUCCUGCGUUGUCUUGGCUGUGUGCUUAGAGUCGGUGUCCUGUUGGAAGGUGAACCUUUGCCUUGGAGCAUGUUUUCAUCAAGGAUCUCUCUGUACUUUGCUCCGUUCAUCUUUCCCUCGAUCCUGACUAGUCUCCCAGUCCCUACCGCUGAAAAACAUCCCCACAGCACCAUGCGUCACCGUAGGGAUGGUAUUGGCCAGGUGAUGAGCGGUGCCUGGUUUCCCACAGACGUAACACUUAGCAUUCAGGCCAAAGAGUUCCAUCUUGGUUUCAUCAGACCAGAGAAUCUUGUUUCUCAUGGUCUGAGAGUCUUUAGGUGCCUGUUGGCAAACUCCAAGCGGGCUGUCAUGUGCCUUUUACUGAGGAGUGGCUUCCGUCUGGCCACUCUACCAUAAAGACCUGAUUGGUGGAGUGCUACAGAGAUGGUUGUCCUUCUUGAAGGAGGAACUCUGGAGCUCUGUCAAAGUGACCAUCGGGUUCUUGUUCACCUCCCUGACCAAGGCCCUUCUCCCCCGAUUGCUCAAUUUGGCCGGGCGGCCAGCUCUAGGAAGAGUCUCUUUGAUUCCAAACUUCUUCCAUUUAAGAGUGAUUGAGGCCAAUUUUUUUGGUACCCUUCCCCAGAUCUGUGCCUCAACACAAUCCUGUCUCGGAGCUCUACGGACAAUUUCUUCAUGGCUUGGUUUUUGCUCUGACAUGCACUGUCAACUGUGGGACCUUAGUGUGUGCCCUUCCAAAUCAUGUCCAAUCAAUUGAAUUUACCACAUGUGGACUCCAAUCAAGUUGUAGAAACAUCUCAAGGAUGAUCAAUGGAAACAGGAUCCACCUGAGCUCAAUACCGAGUAUCAUAGCAAAGGGUCUGAAUACUAAUGGAAAUAAGGUUUUUCUGUUUUUUUAGGUUUAAUAAAUGUACAAAAAUGUCUUGCCUGUUUUCGCGUUGUCAUUAUGGGAUAUUGUGUGUAGAUUGAUGAGGGUUUAUAUUUUUUAAAUCAAUUUUAGAAUAAGGCUGUAACGUAACAAAAUGUGGAAAAAGUGAAGAGGUCUGAAUACUUUCCGAAUGUACUGUAGGCCUAUGAGAAGUACCAAUUUGUUAAAAAAAUUAGACGGUCUCCAUCUUUUGAGAACUUACGGCUCUAUCAACCAUCCACCUCUGUUCAUACCCCUCCUCCCUGUAGCUGCUGUGUUCAGACUGCCCUCCUCUUCUUUAGGGUGUUGUAACAGGUGUUUACAGUCGUCUAUCCCUCUCCCCCAGGCCUGCCAACUUCUCCUCCAGCAGCAGCAGCAGAACCCCCAGCAGCAGCAGCUCACCUCACCACAGCAGCUCCAACAGCUCCUACAGAACCAGAGG